UACUGGCUGGCUGUCUGUUGCGUUUUUUUUUGUUGUCCCCAGUUGUCCCCCGUGUGAUUUGAUGAAUGGAUUGCUGUGUCGUGCAUUCUAUGAUUGUGUUUUAAUAACUUAUUAAUGUUGAAUUGUGUGAGCAGAGUAUUGUUUUUAUUAAAAGGAAGACUUAUUUAUUUGUGACGUAUCGUGAUUUUAAGCUGAUUAACCACUUAGGGGAAAGACAGGAUUCCUAUUUAUUGAAGGAUAGGUUUAUUAAUUUGGGAUUCCUCUUGUAGGCGAUGGGCUAGCAACUUGUCACUAUUUGAAUUUCAAUUCCAUCAUUUAGUCAUACAGUUAAACGCGGCCUUUCUAUCUUAAAAAGACUGUUGGCGCUGUCUGCUCCGCAAGUGAUAUAGAUGUGACUAUUGUAUACCUAAGUAUCGUAUUGUAAUCGAAUUGUGAAAAUUCUUUCAUAUCUUUUGAGGGAUAUUAUUUUGGGGAAUUUCAAUUUCAUUCCAAUUUCAGGUUUGUAUGCCCAAUCCAAUCCAAGUUUGAUUUAAAACAAGAAUGUACACUUUUUCAUAGUAUGGAAACAAUAAUUGCUUGUGCUUGAAACUUUAAGCAACUUGUAGGUCGUAUUGGAGCUCCAAAUAACAUAAUACAAUGGGCAAGAUUAACAACUCCUUUCUUUGGGGGAUACUAUUUGCCUCUGCGACAUGGAGUAUUUCUUUGUACUUGUAUUGGCUACUAAACAUGAGUGGUGAAAAUGUAAUGAACAAAGCUGACAACAAGAUCUACUAUCAUCUCCCAAAUUCGGAUGAGAAGAACCGCAUCAAGAAUAAUGAUAAAUCAAUAGCCGCACUCGAGGGUAAGAGCUUGCUGUCAGACACUCCACAGAGUAACGACAAGUACUCGGGAAACAUCUGGAAGUACAACAGAGGCAAGCCGGAUUACCAGCGCAAAAUGAUGUUGAAAGAAAAGUUUUCAAAACAACUUAACAUGAGAGAGGCAUUCAUUCCUGAUAAGAGAUUAGAUGGGCAGGUAGGGCUGAUAAGGAACCCCGAGGAUGUCCGCCAGCGAGAGAAAGGCUACAAUCUGCACGCAUUCAACACUCUCAUAUCACAGAGAAUCGGCAACCACCGGGGUCUGCCAGACACUAGGAAUAAAUUAUGUAGAAGCCAAAAAUAUCCUGCGAAACUGCCAAAGGCAUCUGUAAUAAUUUGCUUUUACAACGAGCACUUCGAGACGCUGAUGCGGUCCGUGCACUCCAUCUUGGACCGCACGGAGCAGGCGCACCUCAAGGAAGUCAUCCUGGUGGACGACUACAGCGACCUCGAGGGCCUGCACAGGCAGGUGGCGGCGGCCGUCGACGAACUGAACGACAGGAUGCGCAAGGAGGAGGAAAUGUUGGAGACCAACAACUUGGAUGAAAAUGUCGUGGAGUAUAUAAAUGAUGACAAUAACAUUGUCGGCAAGAGGACGACCGACAAGUAUGAUAAGUUUUCCAAAGGAGGGUUUAGUAUCAGACUGCUGAGGACCACGAAGAGGGAAGGCCUCAUUCGCGCGCGGCUGUUCGGAGCCGCCAGCAGUGUGGGCGAGGUGCUGGUGUUCCUGGACUCGCACAUCGAGGUGAACGUGGAGUGGUUGCCGCCGCUGCUGGCGCGGCUGGCGGCGGGCGCCGGCGGCCGCGCCUCGCCGCGCGCCGUCAUGCCCGUCAUCGACAUCGUGAACGCCGACACCUUCCAGUACCACGCCAGCCCGCUCGUGCGGGGGGGCUUUAACUGGGGGUUACACUUCAAGUGGGAUAACCUGCCCAAGGGGACUCUCAAGACCGAAGAAGACUUCAUAAAGCCGAUAAUGUCGCCGACGAUGGCGGGCGGGCUGUUCGCGAUCUACCGCGAGUACUUCAACCGCGUCGGCCAGUACGACGCCGGCAUGGAGGUGUGGGGCGGCGAGAACCUCGAGAUCUCCUUCCGCAUUUGGAUGUGUGGCGGCACGUUGGAGCUGAUCCCGUGCAGCCGCGUGGGGCACGUGUUCCGCAAGCGGCGGCCGUACGGGCUCGGGGCCCAGGACCACAUGCUGAGGAACUCCAUGCGCAUGGCGCGCGUCUGGAUGGACGACUACGUGAAAAAGGUGAUAGAACAGAACCCGUCCGCCGCUCACGUGUCCGUGGGCGACGUGUCGGAGCGCGUGGCGCUGCGGGCGCGGCUGCACUGCAAGUCCUUCCAGUGGUACCUGGACUCUGUCUACCCCGAACUGCUGGCCGCGGCCGACUCCCCCGACAGGAAGAGGGUCGCCGCACUCAAUAACCAUGACAAGUUCCAGCCCUGGCAUUCCAGGAAGCGGAACUACACCGAUUCGUAUCAGAUAAGACUGAAGAACACGUCGCUUUGCAUGCAGAGCGCCAAAGACGUGAAGACCAAGGGCUCGGGGCUCGUUCUCGCCAGCUGCAUCCGGACCAUUAACCAGAUGUGGUUCGAGACGUCUCGUCACGAGCUAGUGCUGGGCCGCAGUCUCUGCCUGGACGCCGCCAACACGGUGGCGCCCUCGCUCGGGAAAUGCCACGAGCUGGGAGGGGAGCAGGAGUGGAUGCACGACGGCAAUGCCGGCAGCCCGCUGUACAACGCGGCGGCGGGCAUGUGCGCGGGCGUGGAGCGCGCGGCGCGCGGCGCGCCCGUGCUGCUGGUCAUCUGCGACGCGCGCCGCACGCACCAGUGGGACUUCGUGCGCUCCUAGCCCUGUCAAAACAUUUGAAGAAUGGGGAAACCAUGGGUCUUUCGUUCGAGUAGUUCGAUGCAUGUUUGUCUGAUUUUCAAGUUGAUGGAGUGCACUUUACACGACCCCCUCCGCCUCCUUGCACGUGUACAAGUUUCUGUUCAUUGCUUAUUGAAAGCUGACUAACUUUUCUGACUUACAUUACAUUUAAUACUAAUCCAUGAUUUUACGAAAAGGGUUUUCUCUUGUUAAAACAAGAAAGAAAAGAGAAAACAAGAGAACACAGCUCCUCAGUCGCAGUACACAGAACAGUGCUGUUGGCUAAAUAUCUCAAAAGCGACUUAUUUGUUAUCAAAAAAAAACAUUCUACAAACAAAUAUAUAACUGACUAUAUAAUUAGCCGUUUAAAUAUUAUUAGUGUAGAUUCGGUAUGAAUUAUUGAAUAGUUUAGAAUCCAUAGAUCAAGAAGCUGUCUAUCGUGAUAAAACGUAUCGCAGCCAUUCGAACAUGCAUCCGAUCGCUCUUCAUAUUGUGAUGUCACAUGUUGUUGUAAUUUUAUGACAAUUCUCAUAGUAAGUAUAACUAGCACGAACACAACCUUGGCGGCAGGUAGGACGUGUCUUUAUAUCUGGUUGUCAACUGAGAGGCUGUGUGGUUGCGUUACUAAUAGUACGUUUUGUAUGAUAUGAUUUACUAGAACAAGAAUCUCUAUGAAAUCUCGUGUGAUUGACCCGAUGGCGUCGGUUGAUCGUCUUAGAAAUAAAUAAAUAAUAAGCUAACUUGAUUUGGUUCGCUAAAAUGUUAGUAAAAAAUUAUUAUUUUUUCAAUUUGUCGCACAUUUUAAGUGUUGAAUUGUAUGAUAUGUUUUAAAAUUUUUAAUUAACGGCCAUAAAAGAAAAGCUUAGAAACGAGAAUAUCAGUACAAAAUAGGAAAACUGAUGAUGUGGUUUUGUUACUUUAGCUGUGAAUUACCUUUUACAUUGUUAUAAUGUGCGUUUUGUUUUUACAAUGCAUUACUAUAUGAUUUAAUUGUAUGUUGUAAAAUAUGUUCGUCUCUGGCGAACUCGACCGCUCUCGAUGUUCCUGCGAGCGCGCGGUACAUCUGUCAGCUGCUCCUAACUAUUCCGUCCUUAUUAACAUUUUAUUGCUGAAAAUUCUAUUUUUACUACGUUUUUACAGUUUUUUUUAAUUGAUCCUGCUAUUUAAGUUUAAGUAAAUAUAAAUUUAUUUUUGUGUGAAAUAUAGUCAAUAAGAAAAAUUGUCUUUUGUAUGUACGUACGAAUUAUGUCAUGUUUGUGAUUACUAAAGAUCUGAAUGAAGCUCCCUGUGGUAGAAGUUCUGUGUUUUGAAUGAAGUUGCUAUAAUACAAGUAAAGAGUUGAAGUGUCGUUCCAACAAUAAGGACAUACUCAAUCACGAACGUCAUGGCGGGGCACGUUACACAGGUGUAACUCAUUGUAACCAUUUAUUAUUAACUUUGCUCGUGGAGCUUCCAAACGUAUUUGUUAACCUUCCAUUUUUUCCAUAGACUGAAUUAAUAUACCUAUCUAACCGAGCGACAGAACUCGUGUUGAGAAACUGAUUCCAUAACAGAUGUGAGUUUGUUGUUAAUGUUACAAGUAUAAGUAUGUUAUUUGUAUAUUUUGAGAUUUUUUUUAUAUUCAUGUUAAUGAUUAGUUGUAAUGAAUAAAUAUUGUCAAAAA